UUCCUUUUUUUGGCUAUAACUACAUGCUCUCUUACAAUCUUUUCUUGCUCUGCAAACCACAUUUACGCUAUAAAUAGAUAUACAUCUGUUCUCGGUUUUUUCACACACAUCUCUCAUAUUUUUAACUAUCAAUUUGAGUAAUUUCAUAUAUAUAUAUAUAUAUAUAUGUACACACACACACACACACACACACACGCACACACACAUCACCAAGAAAAUGUCAAAACUUUCAGCUGCCGAAGAACAAUCUACCAAUUCCUAUGGAUGAGCUGCUAGAGAUUCCUCAGGAAUUCUAUCUCCUUUCCAUUUCAUUAGGAGGGCCAAUGGCGAGAAAGAUAUCACCUGAAAUUCUUUACUGCGGAAUUUGCCACUCUGAUCUUCACUUGGUCAUGAGCGAAGCUGGUAUUACCAACUAUCCAAUAGUUCCCGGGCAUGCAUUAGAUUGCAGGCGAAGUCCCGAAAGUCGGACCAAAUGUAACAAAGUUCAAAGUGUGGCAGCAGGUAAAGCCACUUUCUUGGGGCGGUGCAAAGAUUGCUUCUUAAUGAAGCACAUGACUUGGUCAAAGGAGGCGGAAAGCUUCCUCAUUCUUCUACUAAGGUGGCAGCAAAUCCAUUUUAUCCUUUAAGCGAUUAUGCUUGACCAAAAAGGACAAUUAAUGCAAGACAUAUAGGUGGCACGGCAUCAAGCUAUCAACAGGAGUUCAAUUUAAAUUUUAUAAACUCUACCAGCUCUUUCUUCCACCAUUGUUCAUCUAUAUAUAUGUAUUUCCAUACCUUGCUAAUUGAUGCCAUUUUGGUGAGAGAAAAAUAUAAUAAAACAAAGAGAAAGAGGAGUAUUAGAGAGAGAAUUAUAAAAGGAAUUUUCUCUUAAAUAUUUGUGUUUGAGAGAGAAUAUAUUUUUCUCCUAUUAUGAAAAAGAAGAUAGUGUUAAUUGUGUUCUUUGUAUUUUUUAAAAAAAAUUAUUUUAUUA